UAUCAUGGCUUUGACAGGCGUGCGUGCCCUGCAAGCUUGGUGCAAGAAACAUUGCGACGGAUACAAAGAUGUAGACAUCACAAACAUGACAACAUCAUUUAGGAAUGGCCUGGCGUUUUGUGCGAUCAUUCACUGUUUCCGUCCUGAUCUCAUCGACUACGACAACCUGAAAGCGAAUGACGUUGAGGAAAACAACAGACUGGCAUUUCAAGUUGCCGAGAAUGAGUUGGGUAUUCCUGCUCUUCUUGAUGCUGAGGACAUGGUAGCAAUGAAAGUCCCAGAUAAACUGAGUGUUUGCACAUAUGUGUCUCAGUACUACAACUACUUCAAUGGCAUGCAGCCUGCAAGUGGUAUGGCUCGAAUCAAGGUAACCCCCUCUGGCUCUCCAAGUCAACGAGCAAAAGGUCGAGGUCCAGAACAACCCCAGCCUACACCCGCAAAGAAAGCUAAGCCCCACGAAGCAGCUGAACCUAAAGAAAUGGCCAAGGAGUUGACAGCAUUGCCUAGUGACAUCAGCAAGAGGAAAGAAGUGGUGCAGAAGACACAGACAAACCACCCAGUGUCUACAGUCAGGCAGGGAAUUAGACAGGUGAAAGAUGAUCGCAAAUUGGGUGUGGAAAUAAUGGAGACUAGCGAGAUGGAAACAAAUUCAGUCCUAAAGACUGGAAGAACAGAGUUGCCACAGUCUGGUAAGACAGUAACAACCGGUAAGUCUAACGACACCAAGACUACAGCUAGUAAGGUUACUGUUGGUCAGCAAGGUGAUGGAACUAAGUCAGUCGCUUCUUCUGCAAUCACAUCAUUUGUCUCUAAACUCCAGCAGAAAGAGAAUAAGCACACUGUCGCCACGGGUAAUGGAUUACCUAGCAAUAGUGUGUCGACAUCACCAAGUUUGUCCGUUGUUCAUCAGAAUGGCAACAGAGCUGAACAAGCAGCACUUGCAGCUAAAACGCAGACAUCAUCAGCUCAGACUUACUCAACUGGUGUUGCACAGAUAGGACAAAGUCAAACCAAGCACGAAAACAAGAGUAGACAAAUACCAGCUGUUACAACCAACUUACCAAGCACUUCUUCUAGAACACACAGCGUAGCACUUCAAACACAAGAACCGAAAGGUGCAGAACGUAGCCAUGUGCUUGGCAGCAGCUCCCCUCGAGUCAACAAGAAAGAGUACUCUCCACUUGCUGUUUCAUCUGUCCAUGAACCUGGUGGUAAUAGUGCAGCAGUGAGCAGUGCAUUUUCGAAUCUCAAGAAACAAGACGUACCAAGAGCAAGUCAACCAGAAACAGUGAGUUCUUCAGGUAGUAUUCCAUCUACUGGCUCUCCACGAGCUCAGCUUCGACACAUCAAUACCGACAGAGUUUCACAACCCACAGAACGACCAAAAUCAGAACUGGAAAUGAUGCAAUCAAAGAUGGCUCGAAAAUCAAGAUGGAAGACUAACAAUGCAGAGAAAACUCAUGACAGUCAGAGAGAGGAAGAAAACAAGAAUAAUGACCAAAAGGCUGAAGCUAAGCCACUAGCAUUGUCUCACGGUGGUGGACAUAAAACGUCACAUGAAGAACCAAAACAACAUCUUCCAUCUAAAAUGGAAACUGAGUCAUCCGUGUCUGAGUUGGAGGUGAUACGCUCUAACAUAUCACGAUCUGCUAAGUCCAGGUGGAAGCCUAAGGAAACGGGUAGUGAUCAAAAAGAGGAGAAAGAAGAGACAAUCCAACAACCUAAGCAACCGUUGCAAGCAGAACCAACUACCUUAGGUCAACAAUGGACAUCAAGCAAGUCAAAUCCAGAGCAGUCUGCAGCAUCUGAAAGAAAACAGAAAAGAAAUGAGCCACAGUUUUCACCAUUAACUGUUGCUUCGAAACAUGGAAAGGAGAAACAGGACUCUAAGGAUCACAGAGUAGACAUUGUAAAUGAAGAAAUGUCUACUGAAUCACAGGACAAUUCUAAAGUGCAUCUGAAGAAACUACAGCGAAAGCCAGAUUGUGUGGUGCCUGACAGUCAAGACACAGCGGUUGGUGGAACAACAAAAAGAUUUGAACAGAUAAAACAAGAUGAAACUAGGAAACAAAGUGAAGGCUUUACCUCUGAUCAUAAAAUUACAGCUGAAGAGCAAACUGCACCUUCUGAAAGCAAACAAGACAGUUCUCAUCAACCAUCAAAAGCUCCUCCUCCUCGUCCUCCACCUUUCAGACAGCAUAAACCAUCAGGUAUCAGUUCUCAAUUAAAGCAGAACAAGCAAGAUUCAUUACCAACAGAAGAAACUGCUAGUCCUGCAACAUCAGGGAAUAAGUUGGCUCCCUCACAACCCCUGUUUUCUCGAAUCCGAUUUAGUGACUAUCAGAAUGCUAGUCUUCGAAAAUCAGCUCUACGUCAUUUACGCACUGAUCCUCCAGUGUCAAACAAAGUUUCUGCUUCUGCACAUGCACCACCUCAACAGCAAAAGAAAGUAAAACAUUCUUCAUCUCAACCUGCUGUAAGAGAUGGUCUUGAUAAUCUGAUGACCCUUGUGGAUGUGAGGAAGGAGCUGGAAGAAGUAAGAUAUGAACUGCAAGCGUUAGAGACAAGAGGCACAGAGCUAGAAAAGACAGUGAGGGCUUUGUUGAGUGAAAAAGAAGAUUAUGAUGAUGAAGAGGAUGACACAAUGGCACAAUGGUUUUCUCUGGUGAAUAAGAAGAAUGAUCUUGUUAGGAGAGAAGGAGAGCUUGUUUACAUGGAGAACGAUCUGGAACUGAUAGACAAACAUGCGAAGGUGGAGAGAAGACUGAGGAACCUAAUAUCUAAAGAAGAGUCUAAAAAGACAACUUGGGAGAAGAAACAAGAAAUGCAGUUGAUUGAAGAACUUGUUAGUUUGGUUGAACAAAGGAACCAUCUUGUUGAUAUGCUAGAAGAUGAACGAAUAAGGGAGUUGGAGGAGGAACAAGAACAGCUGGAAACAAGACAGCAGUCUUCGGUUGCCAAAGGUCCAGUUGAAAGUCCCAAGAAAAAAGCAGAGAAAGAAAAGAAAAAGCGUAUAUCCAAGUGGUUUGUUAAGUAGACAGAUGGAGAAAUGAAUUACUGUAAGACAGAUGAUGAAAGCAAUGGUAGAAGAGGGCAAUAGAGGUUUAUUGUUGUAGUGUAUUUUUAUAGUGAGUAGAACAAGUACGAUACUGAUCUUUGGACAAUUUACGAAAAAUGAUACAAUUACAUCUGAAUAGUU